AUUACUUUUGCUGGUGGAAGAGUUUGUUUUGAAUUUCAAGGUACGAAAAUAAUCCUGAGUUUGGUGGCUCCGACGUUAGGUGAACUUUACGAAGCGAAAUGGGACAAGAUAUGGAUUGGCGCUUGAAGAAAACCUCUGUCGUAUCUCGAACAUCCUUUAUGUUUAAUAAUUCUUUGAUUUCAGACGUGAAAUUUGUGGUUUUCAGCCAGAAAACUGACUCGAGAGUAUUCAUUCCUGCUCAUAAAUUCGUCUUGGGAAUUAGUAGUCCUGUGUUUUUCGCUAUGUUUUACGGGAAUUUAGCAGUGGUUGAAAAUACUGUGGCUUUACCCGACUGUGAUUCUGAGGGACUGUUGGAGUUUUUACGCUAUAUUUACUGCGAUACAGUAGAGCUUUCUCUUCCUUCGGCAAUUCAAGCGCUGUACUUGGCAAAGAAAUACCUUGUGCCUUCAUUGGCUAAGAUUUGUGUGUCGUAUAUCAAAGAGAACGUUACACCUGCUCAUGUUCUUGACGUUAUUCCGUACGCUAUGAAACUCGACGAAAAAGAACUUCUAGAGAAAUGCUUUCAAGUUAUUGAUUUGAAUGCGAAUGUGGUUUUGAAGAGCCGAUCGUUUUUGGAAGUUAGUUUAGAUUUACUGGAAAAUCUUCUGGAUAGAGAUACAUUGUGUAUCAGUGAAGUGGAAAUAUUUCAAGCUGUGCAACGAUGGCUGUUGCACAAUCAUAAGAUUCCUUCAAUGUCACGUCCAAUAUCACGCAAAGGAAGACAAUUACCUAAUGCUUCAAAUACUGUAACGGAAAGUUCAGGCACUCCAGUGAAGCGAGUUUAUAAUGGAAUGUGCACUUGUAGAUGUCAAGAACGGUGUGAUUGCGUGACGGCUAUUUUACAUUCGUCACGCGCAGUUGAAUCAUCUACUAUUGAAAAGAUGGACACAAAAGAAUCUGUAGGAAGUGGCCAUCGUGGUAAUUUUGCAUCUGGCUCUAUCGACAAUGUGUCGCACUUCCAAAGUGUCACGCCAAAUGAAAAUAUGUCACGCAUUCAACGUGUCACUCAUGAUAACCAAAAUCAAAACCAAGCUUUUCCAUCUUUUGUCCCCCGCACCUCCCCUCACGUAGCUCAUCUAUACGACAGGUUAAUAAGAAAGAUACGCUUUCCACUGAUGCUUGAGGAAGAGUUCAAAAAACAUGUUGUUCCCUCGAAACUUCUCCCACAACAAGAUGUCAUUGAUAUUCUGGUAAAUUUUGGCACAGUCAAGCGCAAUCUUGACCGCUUUUCUUCCAAACCCAGAAACAAUCCUCUCCGAAGAUGCUCUCGUUAUUCUACCGUUUCUCAUUGGUUCCUUUACUCCGGGGAGCGAGCCGAGAGUUUCAUAAUGUCAGUCAAUACGCCAAUCAGACUGCACGGUAUUCGUCUCUAUGGUUACGAGAACUGCCAAUAUAAAGUGGAACUAAAAGUUUAUCCUCGGUCAGAUCCUUACAAUAAGCAAAUCGCACAAGGUUACUACAUGUCUGAAGUUCAAGGCACUGACAAUUACCAUGGUUACGACGUCAAACUUGACACUGCUAUCCGUAUUGAGAAUGAUGUUGACUACAAUAUUGAAGCGACCAUCAAGGGGCCACCUUCUGCUUACGGCAAAGAGGGACAUUCCUCCGUUGAUUGUGGAAAAGUGAAGUUCAACUUCAGAGGCGAGGAAAACUCUGUUUUUCAAAACUUUAGCGUUGGACAGUUUGCAGAAAUUAUUUUCUUUGAACUGUAAUUAAAUUCUUCAACUUUGUAAAUCGGAUUCUUAUUUUUCAAUUUAGUUUGUUUAACUUUUUUUUCAAGAGGGAACAUGUAACAGUUUACGCUGAUUAACUUAUGGCUCUCCACAAAACGGAAUGCAAUUCAGAAUUUCAGACUUAUACACGUUUCAUUUCGUAAAAUUUUUUCACAAUUUUUGACUACAGAAAAUAGGUGAUUUUCCUUUUUUCUCACAGAGAAAAACCACUCUGCCGUCGCCAUGUUGUUAUACAACAAUUUAGUUUCUGAUUUAUUGUAUAUCGUAUAUGUGUAUAACGGCUCCUUUUGAUAUCAGAAGCAUAUAGCCACCCCCUUUCAUUUAAGUUUUGACAAAGGUGCCUAUCUAUCUGUCUAAAAGAACGAAGAGAAACCAUAGAAAUCUGAACAAUUUGGUGUUGAAUUCAAUCAAUAUGGCGGCUUUCAUUAGACCGUCAUUUUACUACCAAAAUGCUUCCCGAAUUUUCUUUCUUAUUGAGAUUUAUAUUCCCUAAUAAGAACAGUAAGACGAUUACUGAUAAUUAGCUGAACCAAAAAAAUUUAAAACAAAGUCAAGAUACGAGAAAUAUAGAUAUAAUUUGUAAAAAUAUUAAGUGUAAAAUAGUUGCUAAACAUUGAAUAGCAAAGAACAGUACUUUUACAGAAAACAAGCUUUACUCUUAUUAAGAGAGCUAUAAUUUUUAAAAUAACUUGAGUUGCUUUAAAAUUCAAAUUAAAAGAUUAAGUUAAAAAAAUAAAUCGUGAAAGAAUUUUCUCUAUAAACUAAAAAUUGGCCGCCUAAAUUUAAGAUUAUAAUUGAAAAUAAAUAGGUGGAUUCAUUUCUUGAAGUAUGUUCCAGGAAAGUUCACCUUAAUUUAAGAGAAAAAAUUUCCAGGAAAUUUCACGUUAAUUUAAAAAAGCUCUCAGUUUAAGAUUAGAAAAAGAAAAUAAGAAGGUCCCACCGAGAUUUGAACUCGGAUCGCUGGAUUCAGAGUCCAAAGUGCUAACCAUUACACCAUGGGACCAUUUCUUAAAAUAUAUUGCAGGAAAUUUCAUGUUAAUUUAAGAAAGCUUAAAAAUUAAAAUUGAAAAUAACAAUA